CCUAGGCAAUAUUCAUCAUUGCCUCAGAUGUUCGUUUCGUCUAGCGCGUCCAGUAACGUAAACCUCGAAUACAUAUUGCAGAAUAAUAUAAACGAGCAAUAACUCAACAGAAUCGAUUGAUGUUUUAGGCUACGCGUACCCUAUCCCUCUCGAAGCGUUUGUAGCCAAUUCUGUUUUUUGGGAACUCAGCUGCUAUAUGGAUUUAUACGGGAAGAUGGCUGCGACGCAAGAUGGGAAACAAGAAGGCUCAGAUCAGAACUUUGAUUACAUGUUUAAAUUAUUAAUCAUAGGAAACAGCAGCGUUGGGAAAACGUCUUUUCUUUUUCGCUAUGCUGACGACGCGUUCACUUCAGCCUUUGUCAGCACUGUGGGGAUUGACUUUAAAGUGAAAACUGUCUACAAGAAUGAGAAGAGGAUCAAACUACAGAUCUGGGACACAGCUGGCCAGGAGAGAUACAGGACCAUCACGACGGCGUACUACCGGGGGGCCAUGGGCUUCAUCCUGAUGUAUGACAUCACUAACGAGGAGUCCUUUGCUGCCGUCCAAGACUGGUCGACCCAAAUCAAGACGUACUCAUGGGACAAUGCCCAGGUGAUUCUGGUGGCGAACAAGUGUGACAUGUCCGAUGAGAGAGUGGUGUCUGUGGACAGCGGGCGACUGCUGGCAGAACAGCUGGGCUUUGAGUUCUUCGAGGCCAGCGCCAAGGAGAAUGUCAACGUCAAGCAGACGUUCGAGAAGCUGGUGGACAUCAUCUGCGACAAGAUGUCCGAGAGCCUGGAGGCCGACCCGGCCCUGGCGUCAGGCUCGCCGGCCACCAAGCUGACUGACAACCCGCCGCCCCCCCAGCAGCCAAACUGCGGCUGUUAAUGGCCGACCAUCUAGCUAAAACCGCCUGUCUCAGCGGAGGGGAAUUCAGUGUGUUUAUCAGUUUGUCAUCUAAAAAAAUUAUACGUCUAUCUCACCCUCAGUGACAUGCAGUAGCCAGUAGCUCGAAUUCCGCGCACACACAUUCCUCUCCCUCUAGUGCCAAAAUGUUACUUUGGGUAGAUUUUAGGGCAAAAAAGUACACUCCAACGGACCGCUUGUGUCAGGCAUAGUUUGUGCCUUUUACAGUAAAGCAUAACCAUAACGUUUAUCUACUCACAAUUAGUCAGGAUCAGACACGGCCAAACUAGUACAGUAGGAGUACAAGUACCUUUGCAGAAGCUGUUAAUGGCAUUUUCUUUUCAUUGCAUUUCCAUCACUAGGGUCCACACAACAUUAGCGACCUGUAUAUCCGCAUCACACUGACCUUUAUUCUCUACUCUAUCUUACUUCGGCUCAUACCACUGGAGUUCCCUCAUAAUUGCCUCCCCGUAGGACUGUAAAUGUUUUAGAGGUCUGGUUGGAAGCCAGAUCAGAAUACCUUUGGAAGCAUAUUAGUCCUCAUCGUUCAUGAAAGAGAGAGAGCUUCACAGAGAGGGACACUGGACUUUUGAUGGUCGUCCAGUCGCACUGAGACCUUUUUUUGGACAGGAUAAAAUCGCUUCAGUCCCAUACACUGAGAUUGUUAGUUAGCUACUGUGGUAACAGUUUUCCUCAGUGGCUUUGGUGCAUUUCUCAAAUCAUUGUCAACAUUUUCAAAACAGUGAGUGUAUUUCUCAAAAUAAUUUGUGCAAACUGCACCACACAGUGAAAUAACUGCAAACGCCUGUAACAUGUGCACUGAUGUGCAGAAAUGCUUAGGUUACGGUGUGUCUCAAAGCAAAUAUUUAUGCCAAACAACAUGCCAGUGCCAUCAGAAUGACAAGUUUCUGUGUCACGGUUAUGAACUAGAUAGUCAAAAUGCUAAGCUGUGAAACAGUUUACUGUGUAAGCAUUUUCUUUUGAAAUACACAGGGCUGCAUUUUUUUCGGUGUGGCAUACAGUAUAUCAAUUUCAACAGCAAAUCGUUACACAUUGUUGUAUAUGGGAUAUUGUAGGAGACAGGAUCCAUAUUCUGUAUAUACUGUACAUAUACUGGACAGUACUGUUUAUUGCCAAACAGGAACAAGACCAGCCUGUUUUACAGUACUCUUUCCAAACAUAAAAUGUAACAGAAAUGGCAGCAUUAUGCUUGACAAAUUGCAUAGGAUAACUGGUUUCAAUCAAUGUAAUAACUCAAGCAAUUAACUAAUUUGUAGAUUAACCUGUGUAAUGCAUUUUGACCGACAUGACACGAGCAAUUGAUAAUAUAUAAAACAGCAGACAAUUCAAUCAAUUGUAUGGACGUGUGAAAGCAUUUGCUGUUUGUUCAAAUGAAUGAGAUUGCUUCUAUGAUGUGCCCAAGCAGCUGAUGUGGAGGUUGGCUUUGAGAAUUUCAGUUAUGAUCUGUUCUGAGAAAUGCACUAAAGCGACCGGGAAAGCAUAACCUUGUGACAGAGAACAUAACCUUCAGAUACAUGUGCAGAGGUGACCAUUAUAAUAUCCCUUUAUCAUGAGUAUAUUUAGUGUUGAAUGCACCUUUCUGUGACUAUCCUGAUGCUGUAUCAGCCAUUUUAGUUUCACAUGGAGCAUUCUAACAGUGCUGUCUGAUGCUAUUAUUGGUAGCACUAGUCCCGUGGCUCUCAGGGGAGGACAUCUAUUAGUGUGUGAAUAUUGAUAUGUGCUUAUUUAUCUACUCAAAUUAUAUUACGCUGGUACGGUUUCACAAAGACGACAAAAAUGAUGCAGGUGUGUAGUAUGUAUGUAUUUGUACUUACGGUAUAUUUUUCCCUCUAUUUUCUAGAUUUGUUCACAAUCUGUAGUGUGUCUGUUUUGAGAAGGAGUUGCUCGACCUUUCAGUCCACCCUGCCAAUCCUGACCCAUGAUAAUAACACGAGAGUAUAAUCCCGACCCGGCGUACACAGUUGUUCACUGAAUAAAUGUCUCCAUGAGAGUGUUGUGCUGCACCCA